AUGCCUGCGAAGCAAGUUGUCGUCUCCUCCGGUCGCCCCCAGAAGGGCUUCUUCGCCUCCGCCUACGAUGAGAUCACCCACCCCGAGAACGCCACCGUCGUGAGAAGUCUUCUGGUCUUCGGCGCCGGUGUCGCUUUCCUUCACAGCAGCCUCGGCGAGCUCCUCCUCCCUCCGUAA